AUGGACGUGAAGGAUAUAAACAUUGAUCAUGAAGAAAAAAUCAUGGACCUGGAGAUGGCAAUAGAUAAGAUUAAUAAGAAGUUGAGAGUGGUUAUUGUUGUUAGUAGGACAACCAUGACAAAUAGCACGAAGGGUCUUCGAAGACUCAAUGAAAAAUAUCAACCCCUUGAUGUCUCCCCCUCGGCUACUCAUGCUUCUCCCUUCAUUUUGGUUUAUUGUAAGAGCAAGGAGAAAGUUCCUAUUCUGAAAGGUGACACUCAAGCCACUCUAGGACCAUCAACUCGCACUCGCAACAAGGAUAAAGGUAAACAGGUGAAUUCCAACAUUAUGGAGGAUUUAGUUGAAAUUAAUAGGAAUGUUAUUGAUAAAAUUGUUAAGCCAGUUCAAAUGUUGAACAAUAUUGUUAUUUUCAACUCAAAACUUUUAGAACUAGCAAAGUUGGACUUUAACAUGAUCCAAUCAAUUCAACAACGAGAGCUUCAAGUUCUCUCCAGAUGGUGGACAGAGUUUGGUCUAGCUAAACUAGAGUUUGCUCGCCAUCGUCAUGUGGAAUUUUAUGUUUGGACUGCUGGAGUGUGUAUUGAGCCAAAAAAUUCUACAUUUAGAAUUGGAUUUGCAAAUAUGGCUAAACUUGGCACUUGUUUGGAUGAUAUUUUUGACACUUAUGGAACUCUAGAUGAACUUAAAGUCUUCACAGAAGCCAUUAAGAGGUGGGAUUUAGCAUCCAUGGAAGGGCUUCCUGAAUUUAUGAAAUUGACAUUCAAGGUCUUUGACGAGGGUUUGAGGGGCGUGGCUCCAGAGGCUGAAAAAACUCAAGGCAGAGAUACACUUGACUAUGCGCAUAAAGUUGUAUGA